AUGUCUUGUGCAAAGGUACUGCAGUUCCUGCAGAGCAUUUCACGUAGAAAACCACUGGAGCCUGAGGGUGAAGUGUCCGACUUUUGCCGAUGCCUGACUACCCUUGAUUUGGUGGCUCUUGGGGUCGGCAGCACACUGGGGGCCGGUGUGUAUGUGCUUUCAGGAGAAGUGGCCAGAGCUGUGGCCGGGCCAAGUAUCAUAAUCUCCUUCCUGAUAGCGGCUGUGGCCUCCAUCUUAGCAGGACUGUGUUAUGCUGAAUUUGGAGCUCGUGUUCCCAAAACUGGCUCCGCUUAUCUCUAUAGCUAUGUGACUGUGGGUGAGAUAUGGGCUUUUAUCGCUGGCUGGAACCUGUUGCUGUCUUAUGUCAUAGGAACAUCAAGUGUAGCCAGAGCAUGGAGUGGGACCUUUGAUGAUCUCAUUGGGAAUGUCAUUGCCAACUCUUUGGGCAAACAAGUUGCAAUGGAUUUACCUGGAUUAGCUCCCUAUCCAGACAUCUUUGCAGCUGGCCUCAUAAUGCUCUUGGCAGGGAUUCUUGCAUUUGGUGUUAAAGAGUCGGCCACUGUAAAUAAGGUUUUCACAGCAAUUAACAUCCUAGUGUUGCUCUUUGUUAUCCUCUCUGGCUUCAUAAAAGGGGACAUCAACAACUGGUACAGAUAUGAAGAUAGCCUUCCAAAUGGAUAUGAGAACUACACAGCCCUGAAUGAAACUAGCAGAUAUGGCGGUGGAGGAUUUUUUCCUUUUGGUUUUGAGGGCACAUUAGCUGGAGCAGCCACUUGCUUUUAUGCAUUUGUUGGAUUUGACUGCAUUGCCACAACAGGAGAGGAGGUUCAGAACCCUCAGAAGUCAAUCCCACUUGGGAUUGUGGCAUCCCUCCUUAUUUGCUUCCUGGCUUAUUUUGGCGUGUCUGCUGCCCUGACUCUUAUGAUGCCAUACUAUUUGCUCAGUGUUCACAGCCCACUGCCUGUGGCCUUUACAUACAUUGGUUGGGGCCCUGCAAAGUACACAGUUGCUGUGGGAUCACUAUGUGCACUGUCAACAAGCCUUCUAGGAUCAAUGUUCCCGAUGCCCCGUGUCCUUUUUGCCAUGGCCAGGGAUGGACUGCUCUUCAGACCUCUCAGUAAAAUGAGUGACAGACAAAGUCCUGUCAUUGCUACAUUGGCUUCGGGGGUUGUAGCAGCUAUCAUGGCAUUAUUGUUUGACCUCAAGUCGUUGGUUGACAUGAUGUCAAUUGGAACCCUGUUUGCCUACACACUUGUUGCCAUUUGUAUUCUGAUAUUAAGGUACCAAACUGACCUCAGCGAGGAUUCCAAUUUAAGCAAAGCAGAACCUUUUACCAUUGGUGGGAUAUUGUGUCCUUCGUCACAAGCUACUAUAAGGACAUCAAAAAAUGUGUCUCUCUUCACUGUUUUUAUUAUCUUUUUAGCUGUUGUUCUCAGCAUCUUCAUAUCUGAGGCUGUAGAUUCCCUGCAGGCCCUUCAGUGGUGGAGUCUACUUUGUGUUUCUGUGAUAGUGGCGAUGCUGUUCAUCAUCAUCCUCGUCAUCUGGAGACAACCACAGAAUACAGCAAAAGCUGCUUUCAUGGUUCCUUUGGUCCCAUUACUUCCUAUUUUUAGUACCUUCGUCAAUGUCCACCUUAUGGUUCAACUUGGAUCAAACACUUGGAUCCGCUAUGCAGUGUGGAUGGGAGUAGGUUUAAUCAUCUACUUUUGUUAUGGUGUUCGCCACAGUGUGCAGAAACAAAGGCUUGAAAAUUCACACAAUCACGUCAGUAUUCACAGCAUCACUGCUGCUAUGGAGCCAAACACUGACCCUGGACAAGAUGUAACUGGAUAA